AAAUCUGAACUCGAUCGUUAUUGCAAGACACGGCCUGAACAGGACAUCUGGCAGGCUUUGUUGGGUCGAAUGGCCUGCUGUUGCCAAAAAGACAUUCGAAUGUUCAAAUUCAGCAACCAAACACAGAAGAACGAGACAAAUUCAGCACCACUUCGACACUCUCAAAAUCUUGAAACCAUCAGAAAGAGGUAUCGACACUCUUUCCCUUGUUGAUCAGCCAGCUGAAGAGGUGGUUAUCCGGGGGCAGGCACAGUUUUCCAACCAAGCAUCAACCCUACAGUUUUCGAUUAUCUCCCCCACCUCAGUCUCAAGCAAUCUCUCUCUCACGCACACCCAGACACACACACACACACACACACACCCAGACACACUCACUCUCUGUGUGUGUCUCUCUCACACACACACACACACACACACACACACCCAGACACACUCACUCUCUGUGUGUGUCUCUCUCACACACACACACACACACACACACACACACUUACUCUCUGUGUAUGUGUCUGUUUCACACACACACACAGACCCAGACACACUCACUCUCUCUCUCUCUCUCACGCACACCCAGACACACACACACACACACACACACACACACACCCAGACACACUCACUCUCUGUGUGUGUCUCUCUCACACACACACACACACACACACACACUUACUCUCUGUGUAUGUGUCUGUUUCACACACACACAGACCCAGACACACUCACUCUCUGUGUGUGUCUCUCUCACACACACACACCCAGACACACACACACCCAGACACACUUACUCUCUGUGUAUGUGUCUGUUUCACACACACACACACCCAGACACACUUACUCUCUGUGUAUGUGUCUGUUUCACACACACACAGACCCAGACACACUCACUCUCUCUCUCUCUCUCACACACACACAUGCACAGACCCAAACACACACACUCUCUCUCUCUCACACACACACACAGACCCAGACACACUCUCUCUCUCUCUAUCACACACACACAUGCACAGACCCAAACACACUCUCUCUCUCUCUCACACACACACACACACACACACAGAGACCCAGACACACUCACUCUCUCUCUCUCACACACACACAUGCACAGACCCAAACACACUCUCUCUCUCUUUCUCUCUCUCUGUCUCUCUCUCACACACACACACACAGAGACCCAGACACACUCACUCUCUCUCUCUCACACACACACAUGCACAGACCCAAACACACUCUCUCUCUCUUUCUCUCUCUCUGUCUCUCUCUCACACACACACACACACACAGACCCAGACACACUCACUCUCUCUCUCACACACACACACGCACAGACCCAAACACACUCUCUCUCUCUCUCUCACACACACAUACAGACCCAAACACACUCUCUCUCUCUCACACACACACAGACACAAACACACUCACUCUCUCUCACACACACACACACACGCACAGACCCAAACACACUCACUCUCUCUCUGUGUCUCUCUCUCUCUCACACACACACACAGACCCAAACACACUCACUCUCUGCAUGUGUGUCUCUCCCUCUCUCUCUCUCUCUCAUACACACAUAUACACACAUACACACACUCCACUAUCCAAUUUCCGAAUGGACAAUGAACACAUGAACACUGCUGCAUUAUGUAUAAACUCUCUUUGCACUGACUAUAUAAUUUAUAUAUAUAUAUUCCUUAUUGUAAUUUUAUAUUUUGGACUAAACUGCUGUCACAUGCUUUUGCAAACACAUCUAACUCUGACCCUAUCUUUGGGCAGAGAUAUUGAUCACACCACCAGGUUCAGGAACAGUUAUUACCCCUCAACCAUCAGGAAGGAGGUACAGGAGCCUCAGGACCCACACCACCAGGUUCAGGAACAGUUAUUCCCCCUCAACCAACCGGAAGGAGGUACAGGAGCCUCAGGACCCACACCACCAGGUUCAGGAACAGUUAUUACCCCUCAACCAUCAGGAAGGAGCCUCAGGACCCACACCACCAGGUUCAGGAACAAUACAUUAAGGUGUAAGAGAGAGAUGAAAGUGGGUGUCGAACCGCUGGAAAGUGAUGCUGGAGCGCUAAUAAUGGGGGAGGACAAAAUGGCCAAUGGACUGAAUAAGUAUCUGGCAUCAGUCUUCACUGUGGAAGCCGCUAGCAUUGUGGUGCAAGUUCACACACGUCAGGGGGCAUGA